AGGCAAUCGCUUCGAGACCCUCCCGGCCUGGAGUCUCACCUGGGACGCGCGGCGGAUGAGCGCGGCGCACGUGAUGUCGCCCCGACAGGCGAGGCUCUUCGAGGAGGACGGCAAGGAGACCGAGGAGAAACACGGCAGGCUCGACGGUUUCAUGAUCAAGCCCGGGUCUUCCACCAACAUCAUAUGGGACGUCAUCGGCCUGCUCGCCGUGGCGUGGGACUGUGUUGCAGUACCGCUUGCUUUCUUCGAUCCUCCCGACUUCUUUAGCACGACGUCAGCUCCGUCUUGGAUGGGACGGGUAUACUGGACCAUCAACAUGGCGGUGUGCUUCGUAACUGGCUACGUCGAUCACACUGGCACUCUCGUGAUGGAUCGCCAGAGGAUCGCAAAGAGGUACGCGAAGUCCAUCUGGCUGCCCCUGGAC